UCGGGCAAGAGGCUCAAAGGUACAUCCCUAGUAGCGCCUUUUUCACCCGCCCGUCCCGCCAAGCCUGCAAGCAACAGCGCUUUUCCCGCGCAACCUCCACCACCACCACCACCAGCCCUUCAAUCCCCAAGUCUCCGAGUCCCCCAGCUUCCUCACCCGCACCACUCCUCCCCCCACCACACUCCCCUCCACCUCAAUUGCUACCGCCCUCCACGAUGCUGUCCAGGUCCUCCCACACCGCCCAGACCCUGCUGCGGGGCGCAUCGCGACGAUGGGCUGCUGGCCCGUCCGUCGCCUCGCGAUCGCUGGCCACCGUCACCCAGGACAUCUUCAAGCCCACCAAGUUUGGCGGCAAAUACACCGUCACCCUCAUCCCCGGCGACGGCAUCGGCGCCGAGGUCUCCGAGUCGGUCAAGGAGAUCUUCAAGGCCGACAACGUGCCCAUUGAGUGGGAGCAGGUCAACGUGUCGGGUGUCGAGACGGGCGACAAAAACGCCGAGACGCUCUUCCGCGAGGCCAUGGCUUCGCUCAAGCGCAACAAACUCGGCCUCAAGGGUAUCCUCCACACCCCCGUCGAGCGCUCCGGUCACCAGUCCUUCAACGUCGCUCUGCGCCAGGAGCUCGACAUCUACGCCUCCAUCAUCCUCAUCAAGAACAUCCCCGGCUACGACACCCGCCACAAGAACGUCGACCUCUGCAUCAUUCGUGAGAACACCGAGGGCGAGUACUCGGGCCUCGAGCACCAGUCUGUUAGCGGCGUCGUCGAGUCGCUCAAGAUCAUUACCCGCGCAAAGUCGGAGCGCAUUGCCAAGUUCGCUUUCGCUUUCGCCCUCGCCAACAACCGCAAGAAGGUCACCUGCAUCCACAAGGCCAACAUCAUGAAGCUCGCCGACGGUCUCUUCCGCAACACCUGCAAGAAGGUCUCCGAGGACUACCCCUCGGUCGAGUACAACGACAUGAUUGUCGACAACGCCUCCAUGCAGUGCGUGUCUAGGCCACAGCAGUUCGACGUCAUGGUUAUGCCCAACUUGUAUGGAGGUAUUCUCUCCAACAUUGGCGCUGGCCUCGUCGGCGGCCCCGGUAUCGUCCCCGGCUGCAACAUGGGCCGCGAGGUCGCUGUCUUCGAGCCCGGCUGCCGUCACGUCGGUCUCGACAUCCAGGGCAAGGACCAGGCUAACCCCAGUGCCUUGAUCCUCUCUGCUGCCAUGCUCCUCCGUCACCUCGGCCUUGACGAGCAUGCUAACCGCAUCUCCCAGUCUGUCUACAAGGUCAUUGAGAACGGACAAGUACGAACACGUGACAUGGGCGGCAACUCCACCACCAACGAAUUCACCCGCGCCAUCUUGAGCGAGAUGGAGAAGGCAUGA